AAAGAAUAAACAUCUUAUUGAAACUGCUCGUAUCCUACUCAUACAAUCUCAUGUUCCGUUGCAUUUUUGGGGGAUGCUGUUUUUAUAUCUUGCUAUCUUAUUAAUCGUAUGCCAUCUUCAGCUAUACAGAAUCAAGUUCCAUUCUCCGUCCUGUUUUCCCACUUACCUUUGUUCUCUCUUCCACCCCGUGUCUUUGGAAGCACAUGUUUUGUUCAUAACCUUACUCCAGGAAAAUAAGUUAGCUCCUCAUGCUUUUAAGUGCGUAUUUGUGGGUUACUCGAGAACGCAAAAGGGGUAUUGAUGCUAUUCUCUUGUCCUCCAGGGGUACCUUAUGUCCACUGAUGUUACUUUCUUUGAAACCCAAUCAUACUACCCAGGUCCAGGUAAUCACUUAGAUAUUUCUGAGGUGCUACCAGUUUCAUCUUUUGGAGAUUCGGUCACUAUCUCCCAUUCAUCUUCCUCUACAACUCUAGCUCCACCACCUACAGCUCCAGUUGCAGUUCAACCACCUACAACUCCAGUUGCGGCUCCACUACCUAUAGCUCCAGAUGCAGCUCCACCACCUAUAGCUCCAGUUUCACCACCUAUAGCUUCAGUUCCACCACCUAGUCCAGUUCAAUCUUCUGCAGCUCUGCCACCCUUGACUUAUCAUCGUUGUUCACGUCCUGUAUCAAAUUCUGCACCUACUGUGGACUUGUCUCCUCUUAGUCAACCAAUUGCACUCCGCAAAGUCUACAGGCGAGGCACUAUCUCAUCCAGGAUGGCGACAGGCUAUGAUUGAAGAGAUGUCUGCUUUACAUGCGAGUGGCACUUGGGAGCUCGUUCCUCUUCCUUCAGGU